AUGAAAAGUGCUGCCUUUCACAAUGUAUUAGUGAGAAAGUACAGAUUCCAAACCCACAGCUACAAUUAUAACAGCGCCGAGGUAUGUCUGCCAGGACACAGAAUUCCAAGUCAGUUCAAACAACGAUCCACCACAUACGCCUCCUUAACUAUUGACGUUCUCAACUGGGUGGGCUUCAUUUUAGCAGUUGUUGUUACUCCAUCUAACAUAACACAAGAGGGUGAAUACUUUGUUGGAAUCCUAUGUCAGUGCUAUUCGGAAGAUGGAAGGACGGAAGUGGGAAAUAAGUCUAAGUGGAAGCCUAAACUGGUUACAGAUUUGGAAAUGGAUCAUAUUUUUGUAUGGUAUGAUCCAUUCCUUUGUGACACCAUACUCAGAAGGAAUGAAAGAAAGGUUUCUUUUAAAUUCUAUAUUACAACUUAUACAACUAGUGGCAGAGAACUUGGUGACCUUUUAAAAAUCAAAGAGUGUGGGGUUUGUCCAAUUUACUACUCAGAAAGUCAGAAGGUUUUAGGCACAGGGAAUUUAGACAAGGACUUGGAAAAAGAGUUGUAUCAGGAAAUUGAACAUGAGAGAUCAGUUGAAGGCUAUGAUGAGGGAGAAGGCAUUGAUAUCCAAAUAGGAAACACAGACACAAGAGCUUAA